UAUUUCUAUAUCCUCUUUGAGGUGAGCUUGUUUAAUUCUAAAAAAAAUAUUUUACAUUACUAAAAUAAUUUCCUAGGAUAGUGUCCAGCACGAUUAAAACCAUUUAGAGAGAGAGAGAAAAGAGUGAAACAAACAAUGGCUACUUCUUCUAUCAGCUAUUGUCACUUGGGAAAUAUUCAAUCAAUUUUUUGGGGUUGUUCUCAUAAUUUUCUCCCCAACAAUAACUCAAAACUCACAGUAAAACAUACAUAUUCAUAUGUCAGUUCUAUAGGAAGAGAGAAAAAUAUGAGUCAUUUGAAGAUGAGUGCAGCAAUGGUUGAUAAUACUGAACGUCCAUUGGCAAAUUUUCACUCAAGUGUCUGGGAAGACUAUUUCCUCUCCUACACUCCUCAACUCACAUUGGAACAACAAAGGAAGCAUAUAGCUUCAUUCAUAGAAUGCUCCAUGAAAGAACUUGGAGGUUCAAAGCAAGAUGCAUAUGCUGAGGCUCAGAAGAAAAUCACUAAUGCAUGGAAAGACAUGAACAAGGACUUCCUAUGUUCUACUCAUGACAAAGUACCAACGUUUGUCCUCGAACUAGUUAUAAAUAUUGCGCGCCUAGCGAAUUUAAAGCGAUUUUGCUGUUGUUUGUUGAACCUGUCAAUGUUUGAGGAUAAUUUGGAGCAUAAUCUAGUUUGAGAACAUAGGAAUAACAG